ACGCAGCCAAUAGAGCAAAAGCGCACAGAUCGCUGACCUGGAAUGAAAAUUUCCAAAUCCCGCCUAAACCCACCCCCUGAUUUUUUUUCAUUUCACUUCGUCCGCAAUUUUAUUUCAAUUUCCGCCAACUUCGUAUCUCUUCUUGUCGGCGUUCUCUCCACCCACAUAUUCACCCUUUUGCCUUUUCUCUCUCCAAGCUACGUCCCUGACCCUAACCAAAAACCAGGUACGUUCCAUCGAUUUCCGCCGCUCUACAUCCAUUUCCGCUCAAUUUCCGCCGUUUUCUGUUCAUUUUCAUAGGUUUUUUCGCUUUUGCAUAUGUUUCUGUUGUGAUUUUUACUUAUACGUUUCGUUCAUUUUUCUUCGAUUUCUGUCGAUUUUCAUCGAAUUUGUGGCUUAUAUUGACUUGUAUGUUUGGUAAAUUUUCGCCGGAUUUUUUUUUUUCUGUUUUUGUAGUCGAAUUUCUGCGUGGUUUUAACUUCUAUGUUUCGUUGAUUUCCAUCAGUUUUUUUCCGAAUUUUUUCGGUUGUGUACGUUUUGUUUCGAUUUUGAGUUAAACGUUUCGUUGAUUGUGAAAGGAGGUGAAUCGAAGUCAGAUACCAAGAGUUCCAAGUAAGUUUCCUGCGUUUGACCUUUGUUUUUUCUUUAUUUCUUCGUUGUUUCUGCUGCUUCGGGAUCAAAAACCAGCAGAUGGCGGUUUCUGGAUCUCAGAUCUGUUACUGCAGUUUUUGAGAGUCUCUGGUUUAUCGUUUGUGUGAUGUGGUUCCGCCUUUUGUUCAUAGACUUUUUUUGAAUAAGUAAGGAGCCGCCACAAAAGCUGAGAAGAAAUCGGGGAAGGCGGCCAAGGGUCUAGACAAGCCAAAGAGGCCUGCCGGUGCCUUCUUCGUAUUCAUGUAAUUAUUAUCACCGCCUCUAUAAAAUAUCUCGUUACUAAUGAAAAAUCCUCCUUCCG